CUUUUACUUUUCCUUUUUAAUAAAAUCUUUUUCAAAUAGUUGUCAAAAACCAGAGGAAGAACCCUGAAAUUAACGGUGAUAAAUUCCACAGAGAUUGUGUGUGAGUUGAGAGAUGGGGAAAGCAGUUAGAGAGCAACUCAGCCGAGUUCUAAACGAUCACCUCAACACCAUACAUGAAACUCUCCAGAUUUUGGACAAAACGCCGCCGUCUUCGCUUGAUAAGGUCAGCUGGAAAGAGGUGAUUCAGAUGGGCGAACAAAUUUCCAAACAAGCCACUAACGCUGGGAUGCUUUACACGGGAGAAAACCCUGGAGUGAAAGCCCUCGAAGAAAACAUGGCGGCAUAUUUCAAUAUGCUCCAAGGUUUUCUUUUACUGUCACAUGGAAGUUCGACGGGUGCAGGACCAACCUUAUCUUCGUGCAUUCAUAAAGCUGUUAAGCAAGUUGUUGACAGCAGUUUCAUGCUACUACACGAAGCUGUCUCUUCAUUUGGAUUGCCAUCGAACAAAACACAGAAACUCUCAAUUCCGCAACUUGCUGGUGCAGUGUGGGAAGCAUGUUCGGCACUGAAGAAAACUCCCUCCACAAACGUAAUAGCUAUCGGCAAAGCAAUCUCACAAGUCGCAGUUUCGAUGAAGGAUGUUCUUCGUGAGAUGAACGAACUCAAGCCAGCAUCAAAUGAAGAAGAAGAAAAAGAACCUUCCGGAAACUCCUCCACCAAACCGGAAGAUAAACCCUGCGACGAAGACGAUGAUUUAUGCGACGGAGAUUUGGGCAGCGAUUUAUCGCCCGAAGAAAUGAAAAUCGUGGAGCUAACUACAGACAUUGUUUCUAGAACAUUGGUCGUUCACAAGGAACUAAUCCGAUGCAUAACUCUGUUGCUUCAGAGGGAAAAUUCAGACGAUAUUUCGGUGGAUUCUUUGGAGAAGAUUUUGAAGGUAAGCCAAAGAAUCGGAGUGCAGGUUGAUGAACUCGGUGCGUGCCUUUAUCCACCGCAAGAGAUUUCUGCGAUUAAGGUUGCUAUUGAAAAGAUUUCGAGUUUGAGUGGUGAAGUAGAAACGGAGCUGCGAAAUUUGAAGGGUUGUACGGAGGAUUUUGGUGAAGCUUGUUCUCGUUUGAGGAGUUCGUUGGGGCAGUUGGGAAGUGAACUAGGUUGUGAUCUUGCGCCCGAAUUGGAGAAUCUUGUUAUAACCGAUUAGUAAGGGUGAGUUUUGAGUGCUAGAGUUAAACAUCAUAUCCCUUGAUUAGUAAGGGUGAUUGUCAAUGGAUUUAUUAUUAUGAAUUUAGGAUUUUUGGUAACAAGUUUAUUCAUUCCAAAUGGAGCCUUAAACAUUAUACACCUUGAUUAAUGAUGAUAAAAUUGUAGAAAA